AUGUCGUACCAAGAAGGACUGACGUUCGACGACGUGUUGAUGUUGCCCAACUACUCGGAGGUGUUGCCGCAUGAGGCGCUGUUGCACACACGUUUGGCAGGUGAUAUCCAGUUGAACUUGCCGCUUCUGUCGGCGGCGAUGGACACGGUGACGGAAAGUGGUAUGGCCGUGGCCAUGGCGGCCGCAGGUGGGUUGGGUUUCAUCCACAAGAACAUGACGGCUGAGCGACAAGCGGCCGAAGUGAAGGCCGUCAAAACUGCGCCCGUCCCCGAGGGCGCGGAACACGCGGCUGUUGAUGCCCGUGGCCGGUUACGUGUCGGAGCCGCUCUCGGAUGCGCUGCAGACACUCUAGACCGUGCACGGGCACUCGUGGACGCAGGAGUCGACAUUUUACUGGUUGACUCCUCGCACGGCCAUAGCAAGGGCGUCAUGGAAACGAUCCGCAAACUGAGGGCGCUGUUCCCCAACAGGAAAGCGUCUGAUAGACAAGCCCAUGACUCCGUUCCGGACGACUCGGACUACAGCCGGCCCAUUCCCCUAGUGGGCGGUAACGUGUGCACUCAGGAAGGUGUUGUGGCACUGGUAGAGAGCGGUGCAGACUGUGUUAAGGUGGGAAUUGGUCCGGGAUCCAUCUGCACGACGCGCGUCGUCACCGGCGUUGGUUGUCCCCAAUUUACGGCAGUGAGCGAGUGUGCGAAAGUUGCACGGGAAUUAGAUAUCCCCAUUAUUGCAGACGGCGGGAUGCGCUUUUCCGGCGACAUCACCAAAGCACUGGCAGCAGGCGCCUCUUCAGUCAUGAUGGGCUCCAUGUUCGCUGGGACUGCUGAGGCGCCGGGUGAGCUGAAACAAAUCGACGGACGAGCCUUCAAGGUCUACCGCGGCAUGGGCAGCGAAGGCGCCAUGCGACAAGGCAGCGCCGACCGGUACUUCCAGACCACCGCUCGCAAACUCGUACCCGAAGGCGUGGAAGGACUCAUCCCCUUCAAGGGACAUAUGGAAGAUACCGUCUACCAAAUUACUGGUGGCCUUCGCUCGUGCAUGGGCCUGGUAGGAUGUAAAUACAUUACCGACAUGUGGACUAAAGUUAGGUUCACAAAAAUAACUGCCGCUACCUUGAAGGAAUCCCACCCCCACUCGCUCACCAGCAUCAAAGCCGCAGCCAACUACCAGCUUGCAUGA